UUAUGGAAGGAUACCACAUACUAGAAGAAAUAUGAAGGAGCAGCUUUGAAUCUUGAACAAGGGAAAUUGGCUACCCCAACGCAACUCAGCUUAACUCAGCCUCACUGAACUGAUCCAACACUCCCCAGGCUUGCUAUAGCUCUCUAAUCCUUAGAAUCGUCUUCAAUUCCAGCUAGAAUGCUGUGUCAGGCAUUUCACAGAUUUGGCCAAAAGCUGGUACGCAGACGUCCACUGGAGGAAGAAGUAUUUGAGAUUUCCUUUGAAAGAAGCCUGAGCACUCUGGAUUUAGUGGCCCUGGGUGUGGGCCGCACAAUAGGUGCUGGUGUGUACAUCCUGGCUUGUGAGAUGAUCAGCAAUCAAGCAGGACCAUCCAUCGUGAUCUGCUUUUUGGUGGCUGGCUUAUCUUUUGUGUUGACUGGGCUGUGCUAUGCUGAGAUUAGUGCCUGGGUUCCCCAUUCUGGCUCCUCAUAUCUCUACACCUAUGUCAUUAUUGGUGAACUCUGGGCUUUCAUCACUGGCUGGAACCUCAUCCUGUCCUUUACUGCUGAUACAGUCAUUUAUACCAUGACCUGGGUCUUAACCUUUGAAAACCUGCUUGGGAACCAGAUGUCUCAGACCCUGCGUGAAAGCAUCUCUCAGCAUAUUCCUCAAGUCCUUGCAGACAAUCUAGGCUACUUUGCUGUGGCCCUUCUGUUGUUACUUAGAGAAAUUGAAUAUAUGAAUUUUUAUGAGUUAUUCGCCCUUUCCAAAGUGUUCAUAUUGGUGAAAAUUUUGGUUCUCAGUUUUGUCAUCAUCUCUGGCUUCAUUAAGGGGGACCUGCACAACUGGCAGCUCACAGAAGAGGACUACGUAAAGGCUGGACUCAAUGACACUUCUAAGUUGGGCCCUCUGGGCUCUGGAGGAUUUGUGCCUUUUGGCUUCCAGGGGAUUCUCCGUGGAGCAGCUACUUGUUUCUAUACAUUUAUAGGUUUCAGUAUUAUUGUUACCAGAGUGAAAGAAGUCCAGAAUCCCCAGCGUUCUAUCCCCAUGGGCAUUGUGAUUUCACUGUUCAUCUGCUUUGUGGUAUAUUUUGGUGUCUUUUCUGCACUUACACUUAUGGUGCCUUACUACAAGCUUCAACCUGGGAGCACCUUGCCUGAGGCAUUUCUCCAUAUUGGCUGGGCCCCUGCCUACUAUGUUGUAGGUUUUGGAUUUUUCUGUAGUGUUUGUGGCAUUUUCAUGGGCUUUAUGAACCCCAUACAGUGGGUGAUAUGCAUGAUGGCAGAAGAUGGCCUCCUGUUUCCUGUCUUGACCAGGAUCUAUACCAAUAUAUACCCCCGAUUCAUGGCCACUGUGGUAUUUACGAUUAUUGCAGCAAUCACGAUAUUCUUCUUUGGAAUCACUGAUCUUGUGGAUCUCAGGUCAAUUGGGACACUGGUAUCUUAUUCUCUGGUUGCUUUUUGUGUUCUCAUCAUCAGGUAUCAACCUGAUAGGAGGAAUGGGGGACAUGAAGCAGAGGUGCAGCAACAGAAUGUAUCUGCAGCAGAGAGGCUGACUCUACAGGGACUACUUUUUCCAGGCAGCCCCACCCCCACUCCACUCUCUGGCCAGGUUGUCUAUGUUUGCUCCUCACUGCUUGUUCUUUGCCUCACUCUUCUUUGCCUGGUGCUGGCCCACUGGCCAGUUCUGCUUUCUGGAAACCUAGCAUGGAUUUCAGUGGUUGUGCUCCUCCUGGUGCUCAUCACUGGGAUCACUGGGGUAAUCUGGAGACAGCCGCAGAGCUCCAGUCCCCUUCACUUUAAGGUCCCUGCUGUGCCUCUCCUCCCACUACUGAGCAUCUUCAUGAAUGUUUACCUUAUGAUGCAGAUGACAGCUGGCACCUGGGCCCGAUUUGGUGUCUGGACUCUGAUUGGGUUUGCUAUCUACUUUGCCUAUGGAGUUCAGCACAACCUGGUCACUAACCCCACUUAAGUUAGGGCCCAAACUGUAGAACUUGAACUCAGCAGUGCCAGUACAUAUUUGUUUGAAAUCAUCACACCUGAAUGCAGUAAGUUUUCCCUGCACAGUAAUGGAAUUUACUCCUGAGUUCAUGGAAAGCUAGGCCUCCCAUGGGAUGUUGGUGGGGGAAACACUAAAAGAGCUGUGUAUUUAUGGUGAAGUGAAGGAUAUGUGUUUCCUCCCCCCCCCCUUUUUUUUACUUGUCUCCUUUUCAGUUGUGUCAUUAGCUGCUUUCUGACUUUAAAAAAUUAUUUUUUAAAAGAAAGUUGUAAAAUGUUUUCCUUUUCUUCGUUAAAUAUCUACUAGUAGCUAGGAGGUAGGGAAUGCCCCGCUGGUUCAGUCAGUAUAGCUGACUCUUGAUCUCAACGUGGUGAGUGUGAGCCCAUUUUGCAUGUAGAGAUCGUUUAAGAAAAUAUCCAGUAGCAGAAUUACUGGAUCAUGUGGUAAUUCCUUUUUUAAACUUUUUGAGGAACCUCCAUACUGUUUUCCAUAGUGGCUGCACCAGUUGACAUUCCCACCAAAAGUGCAUGAGGGUUCCUUUUUCUCCACAUCCUUGCCAACACAUUUUCUUGGUUUUUUUUUUUUUUUAUUUUAGCCAUCGUGACUGGUAUAAAAUGAUAUUUGAUGAUGUGAUUGCAGUUUUAAUUUAUAUUUUCCUGAUGAUUAGUGAUGCUAAGCAUCUUUUCAUGAGUCUGUUGGCAAUCUAUAUGUCUUCUUUGGAAAAAUAUCUAUUCAGGAUCUCUGCCCACUUUUUAAUUGGAUUAUUUGUUUCAUUGGUGUUGAGUUGUAUAAGUUCUUUAUGUAUUUUGAGUAUUAAUCCCUUAUUGAAUAUAUCAUUUGGAAAUAUCUUCUCCCAUUCAGUAGGUUGCCUUUUUGUUUUGUUGAUGGUUUCCUUUUCUGGAAACCAAAAGCAAAAGCUUUUUGGUUACAUUAAUUUGUAAAGGUGUGGGGUGCCUGGGUGGCUCAGUCGGUUGGGUGACCAACUUCACUCAGGUCAUGAUCUCACAGGUUGUGAGUCUGAGCCCCAUGUCAGGCUCUGUGCUGAUAGCUCAGAGCCUGGAGCCUGCUUUGGAUUCUGAGUCUCCCUCUCUCUCUGCCCCUCCCCUGCUCUCAUUCUGUCUCUCUCCUUCAAAAAUAAACAUUAAAAAAAUUUGAAAAGAUAUAUGCACCCCUAUGUUUAUUGUAGCAUUAUUUACAAUAGCCAGGACAUGGAAGCAAACCCAAAUGUCCAUCAGUAGAUGAAUGGAUAAAGAAAAUGUGGUACAUAUGUAUAUAUAAUGGACUAUUACUCAGCCAUAGAGAAGAAUGGAAUCUUGGCAUUUGUAACAACAUGGAUGAACUGGGUAGUAGGUGAUUCCAGGGAAGCCAGCUAGAGGCAGGAUUACCCAUAUACUUACCCACUCCUUUAGAUAUUUUUUGAGAGCCUGGUGCAAAAACCUUGUGAGAGCAUCUAAGAUUCUUUUGGAAGAGAGAACGUAUACUACAAAUGGGGAGAGACACAGACUGAAGUAGGAGGAACUACUAACUGGACAAGGAUUGAGACAUCAUUCCUUUGGAAGGAAG